CACAGGAACACUAUGAAGGUAACAUAUAACUAGUGUUUCUGAAUCUGCUCUUUUUGUUCCCGUUUUCUUGUUUUUUCUAACAUUGGUGUUAUUUAACAGAGUCAUCCGCACUUCCAUACCAAAGCUGUUAAGAAAAACGUCUCAACUAGCCUCCAGUUGCAAAUGGCUCCCCUGCUGUUGCUCCUCUGUCUUCCCAUUGCCCUCUGUUGCGAAACGGUCCCCAGCACCGAGUGCCAAAAGCUACCCUUCGUACCCGGGCAUAAUUUGGUGGGGGAAGGCUUUGACAUUGUGCGAAUGAAGACCAGCGGAGCGUUUGUGGUGGAUGUGCAGACCUACUUGAGCGGAGGAGAGCAUGGCAACUGCACUCUGUGUGAGAACAAACUGCUCAACGAAAAGCAGAAGUUACCAGCUUCGGUGGUCGACUGGCGGGUCAAGGUGCAGUGCCAACGAAGCCUCAGCGCCAAGAUAUAUGAAUCGGCCAACUCGGUUCUUAAGGACACCACCAGUUCCACCACUUCCAGCUGGAAGAUUGGGCUGAGUGUGCCCAUGGUGGCAAGUGUGGCUGUUGGUGGCACUCAUUCGCGUUCGGCCAAGUUUGCCAAAAGUCUCUCAGCUCAAGACAAGUACUCCUUCACAAGCCACUCUUUCUCUUGUCGCUUCUACUCGUUUCGUCUUCAGGCUGAACCUCCAGUGACCAAAGAAUUUUUGAAAUCCAUCACUUUACUUCCUGCGAAAUACGACAGCCAGUCAGAAAGCGCGUACAACCAUUUCAUCUCGAUCUACGGGACACACUUCUUGCGGAGAGUCGACCUUGGUGGCCACGUACGUUCAACCACCGCUGUGAAGACCUGCCAGGUUUCCAUGAAGGGUCUGUCGGUACAUGAUGUGAGCAACUGCCUAUCGGCGGAGGCGUCCGUUGUCAUCAAGGGCGUGGAGGUGAGUGGGCAGGCAAGCUACUGCAAAAGCAAAAAAAAUCAACUGGAGAGGGGCAACAGCUUCAGCGGCUACUUCUCCAACCGAGUCACUGAAAUACUGGGCGGCAACGGUGAGCAGCAAGACAUCCUCUUCACUCCAAGCAACAUUAAUGGUUAUGACGUGUGGCUCAAGUCACUGAAGAAAAUUCCUGGAGUGGUUUCCUACACCUUGAGCUCAUUACAUAUGCUGGUGAAAAACGACCCAGCUAGACGAGCCGGCCUUCAAGCGGCCAUCAGCAAGUACAUCACAAAAAGCGCCAUAUCUACUGCUUGCCCCUCCAGCUGCAAAGUGGGCCAUCGUGCCAAUAACUGUGCAUGCAAAUGCAACGGUCAUCAAAGUGUUGAUAGCAACUGCUGCCCGAGUAAGCCAGGAGUGGCCACGUUGAUCGUGACCGUGUUGAGUGCUAAGGGAUUAUGGGGAGACUAUUUCACUAAAACCGAUGGUUAUGUGAAAGUGUUCUAUGGAAGCAAAGCGUUUGAGACCUCUGUGAUUUGGAACAACGACUUUCCUCAGUGGAACUACAACAUAAAUCUUCAAACUGUGGAUCUGACUCAAAGAACGCUCUUGCGAUUUGAGGUGUGGGACCGCGACAACCGGUAUGAUGAUGAUCUAUUAGGAAAGGGUUCUCUCGUCCCAAACAAAGGAACCAAUGUACAGUCAUCGUUUAAAUUAAACCACGGCUCUCUUUUGAUCUCCUAUACUGCAACGUGUGGCCCAAGUCUUACAGGGUCUGUCUGUGAGAAAUACGCUCCUACGCCGGGUGGUGACGGUACUCUAAAAUAUAUCCAGCCCUUUGGAGAACAGCCCAUUUCAUUUAAAAAAACGAAGGAUUUUGGAAGAAAUGUCCCUUUUCUGUAAUAGUACAACAAAUGCAGAAUGUAAAGAUAAUGUAAAAUACUGAUGAAGGGCCUUCUAAUAGAAGACAUUUGAGAUUUUUGCAAAGAUACACAUUGAAAACAGUUACCAUAAAUCAAAUAUCAUUGACUUAUUUCUAGAC